AUGAACGACGCCGAGGGCCUGGCUAUUGCAAUCGAGGAGGCCAAGAUUGGCGCUUCUGAAGGCGGUGUCCCCAUCGGAGCUGCCCUCGUCUCUGCGGACGGUAAGCUCCUCGGCAGAGGCCACAACCGCCGUGUCCAAAUGGGCUCAGCGAUCCACCAUGGCGAGACCGACGCCCUUUUCAACUCGGGCCGUCUGCCGGGCAAGGCGUACAAGGGAAGCACCAUGUACACGACACUCUCGCCCUGCGAUAUGUGUACCGGUGCCUGUCUCCUUUACGGCAUCUCCCGCGUCGUCAUUGGCGAAAACAAGACGUUCCUCGGCGGCGAGGAGUAUCUAAAGCAACGUGGUGUCGAGGUUGUCGUUCUCGACAACGCCGAGUGUAAGGCUCUUAUGGAUAGGUUCAUCGCCGAGAAGCCCGAGGUCUGGAACGAGGACAUUGGCGAGGAGUAA